AUGCAGUCGUUUCAAAGCGUCCAGGAUAGGGAUUUGGAAGACAUGGACAUGAGCCGGCAGAUUAAUAAGAAAGGUUUUGCAGCACCGGUCACUGACUCGCUUAGAAAAGAUUAUAAUCGGAUUCUGCAAUGUUUUCUAGCGGGACCGCAUUCGGGUCUCGGCCAAACACUUUAUUUUCGCCAAGUACUACAACUACAAACACCCAAAAUCCGCUCAAUGACAUCGAAACCUAUCGCGGCCGAAUUUCAGGUGCCGUCACCGCCCGAUGAUACAGUUGAAGCAUUGAAGUUCAAUCCACAGAUUGCUGGACAACCGGUAUUGCUGUGUUCCGGUAGCUGGGAUUCUGUGAUUCGUGUCUGGCAAGUCAGUGAAAACGGCCAGUGUGAGGCAAAAGCGCAACAGAAUGUUCCGGGGCCAGUGAUGAGUCUUGAUUGGCUUGACGUGAGCUCGUUUUGA